AUGUGGGUCAUGCUGCUGCUGCUGGUGGCCCUGGGCAUGCUGGUGAUGGGGCUGGUGGCCCAUCGGCUCUUUGCUCCCAGUGGGGUGCCACCAGAGCUGAAUGCCAUGGUCAUCGGUAGCGGCAUGGGGAGCCUGGCAGUGGUAGGCACCCUGGCUAAAGUGGGCAAGCAGGUGCUGGUGCUGGAGCAGCACAACCAGACUGGCGGGUGCUGCCAAAUCUUCCAGGAGCAGGGCAAUGAGUUCAACAUGGGCAUCCACUGUGUGGGGCAGAUGCAUGAUGGCAGCAUGCUGCGCAUGGCACUGGACCAGCUGAUGGAUGGGCAACUGUGCUGGCAGCGUCUGCCCGACCCCUACAAUGAGGUGAACCUGGGCCCCUGGUGCUACCAUCUCCGUGCUGGCAAGGCUGCCUUUGCCACUGCCCUGGAGGAGCAGUUCCCAACUGAGAAGGUGGCCAUCAGGGAGUUUAUGAGGCUAUCCAAGAUGGCCUCACAACACGUGGUGCUGCUAGUGCUGCUGAAGAUGGUGCCGCAGUGGGUGGACCUCCUGGUCCGCACUGGCCUCAUACUGGAUCUACUCAUCUUCAUGGCAGCCACCAGCCACAGCAAGGCCGUGACCUGUCUGACGGAUGACUGUGACCUGCGCACCCUGCUCAGCUACCUCUUUUACAGUCAGGGGGCUGUUAUGAUAGGGAGGAGGUUGGUGCAAUAGGGAAACCACUGUUACAAUAAGGAAGAGCUAUGUCACAGAAUCAUAUAAUCCCAGAAUGGUGGGGGUGGAAAGGGCCCUGCAGAGCUCAUCCAGCCCAACCCCCUGCUAAAGCAGGUUCCCCUCGAUCAGGGGGCACAGGAAUGUGUCCGGGUGGGUUUGAAAACCUCCUGAGAAGGAGCCUCCAUACCCUCCCUGGGCAGCCUGUGCCAGGGCCCCCUCACCUGAACAGCAAAGAAGUUUCUCCUCAUGUUCCAGUGGAGCUUCCUGUGUUCCAGCUUGUGCCCAUUAUCCAUUGUCCUGUCACUGACCACCACAGAACAAAGACUGGCCCCAUCCUCUUGACACCCAGCCUUUAGGGAUUUAUAAGCAUCGAUAAGAUUCCCCUGUCUUCUCCUCUCUCCAGACUAAACAGCCCCAGUUCCCACAGCCAUUCCUCAUAAGGAAGAUGCUCCAGUCCCCUGAUCAUCUUGUCAGCCCUGUGUUGGCCUCUCUCCAGCAGUUCCCUGUCUCUCUUGAGCUGGGGAGCCCAGAACUGGACACAGGACUCCAGUGUUUCUGAUGUCCUCAGUGUCCCCAGGAUUCCUGUGUCCCCAGUAUCACCAGUGUCCUCAUGUCCCUGUUGUCCUCAGUGUCCCAGCAUCCCCAUGUCCCUGGCACCCCUAGUGUCCCCUGUCAGGGCAUCAUGUCCCAUGUCCCGCAGGUGUCUGCUCCCACCUGGCCAUAGUGAGGCUAGGCAUGGGCUCCUUUGUGUUCGCGGGGCUGCAGGGCAGCGCGACAGCUAGUCCUGCCCGCCACCAACUUCUGGAUCUACCCCCACAAUGACCUGGAUGCCAUGUAAGGUCCCCUGGGCACUGCAGAGUGGAUGCAGAGGGGGUGGGUGCACAGCGCUGCCCGCUCUGCCUGCAGUAUGACCCACUAUGCUGCCCUGAGCUAUGAUGACAUCUCUGAAAACCUGGCCAUGAUGUUCAUCACAUUCCUCACCUCCAAGGACCCCACCUACGAGCAGCAGCACCCAGGUACAGAGCAGGGGGCCCCACAUGCCACCCUCCAGCUCUGCAGCCCUGAACCACUCAGCUUUGCAGACUCAGAGUCUCCUUCAUCCCACUAGCUGGGAUCUGGGGAGUACCACCACUGCCACAUCCCAGGCUGGCACCAGCACUGGGAUACCCCACCAUGGGUUGGACGUGUCACUGGUUGUCCCCUCCUCGUAGGCUGGUUGUGCAUGACCAUCCUGACCAUGGCACGGUACAAGUGGUUUGAGGAGUGGACUGGGACCCAUGCAAAGCACUGCGGCCCCGACUACCAGCAGUACAAGAUGACCGUUGCCCAGCGCCUGCUGGAGCGGGCUCUGCAGCGCUUCCCCCACCUCCACGACAAGGUGACAUGGUCCCCACAGCAUCCCCAGCCACACAGGGUGCCUGACAAGGAGGGUGCAGGAAUGGGGGGCUCAUAGGGAUGGGGUGCCCCACAGAGAUGGGUGCACAGUGGAGAUGGAGUGAGGAAAGGGGUGCCUGACAGGGACAAGGUGCCCUGCAAAGCCAUGGCCAUCACAGCCCCCAGGACCUUCGCAGGGGGGUGAAGCCCCUAGGUAGACUCGGACUCGUUGCGUUGGGACCUGCUGUUUGGUGGGAUGGGUCUAUCCAUGCCCCUUGUGCCCUGUGCACCCCGAUGUGCCCCAAGCACCCACCGUGUCCUGCCCAGGCAGGUGAAGUUUGUGGAGGCAACGUCACCACUCACCAACCAGCACUAUCUGGUGGCUCCCCACGGGGAGAUGUACGGCACUGAGCAUGACGUUGCCCGCUUCAGCCUGGCCGUGGUGGCUGCCAUGAGAGCUGAGACACCCAUGAAGAAACUCUACCUGACAGGUAAGGGACCUGCAUCCUCAUGUCCUCACGUCCUCAUGUCCCUCUGUCCCCAUGCCCAACUGCAAGCUGCAGACAGUGUCCCCACAGGCUCCCUACAGCUUGGGAUGUCCUCUCAUGGUGGUGGCUGUGUCACCUCUGGGGGUGGCCAUGUCCCACCGUGCUCAUCCCCAGGGCAGGACAUGUUCAGCUGUGGGCUGGCAGGGGCCCUGCACGGGGGGCUGCUCUGAGCCUCUGCUGUCCUAGACUGUCUGCUUUACCUGGACCUGCUGCUCCUCAAGAAGAUCGACGCCAGGGCCAGGGCCAGCAAGUGGUGUGAGUGGCCAGGGCCAGUGACUGUUGGGGACAGCCCCAUGCCAGGGGGGCCCAACUCAAUAAACCCCGAAGUUCCACUGGCCUGGGAUCUCAUCUCUCAGGAUGGAGAUGAGAUGGGGAAAGGGAUGGGAAUGAGAUGGUGUUCUGGUUUAGCAAGGAGCAGCUUUUGGCUUAGUAACAGGGGGAGCGGGUUGCAGUGAAGACCCGGUAAAGAGUUUGCGGACUCUCCCCCGGCUCCUGGGUUCACACCCACCUCCGGCCCGGCUGGGCCAAUCUGGCGCCUC